GCUUCAUUCAAUCAGUUUACCACAAAAUAUAAUUGAAAAUCCAAAAUGCAAAGACGAACUGGUAUUUCUGUUGUCCAAAGAACAGGAAAAGAAAAGUUACAUGCCUUCAAUUUAUUUUAAGCAAAGAAUAAGCGGAAGCCGAUUGCUUUCAUUUUCAAUUUUUGGUCUGCCCUGCUCCAAAGCCAACUAUCUUGCCCUUGUUCCUAGCAAAGAAUCAAUAAAGUUCACAAAAGAUAUUAGGGAAAGAUAAGAAAGAAAAUGAAAUAUUGGGAAAUUUCAAUUCCUUAAUUCCUUGAGCAAAGAUAACCAUCAAAAGUAUAUCAUCUAACUUGGAGAUAUUUUUCACCUCUUUGAUUGUCAUUCUUCCCUACAAGCAAAAGGAAAAAAAAAAAUGGUCGAGGCUAUUGUUUCCUUUGCCAUUGAAAGAAUUGCUGAUGCAGUUGUUCGUGAAGCAAGCUCAUUUUAUGGUGUGAGGGAUGAAGUUGAGCAGUUGCAAACUGAAUUGAAGCGGAUUCAGUGCUUCUUGAAAGAUGCAGACAGCAAGCAGGAUCAAGAUGAGCGUGUUCACAAUUGCAUAGCUGAAAUCAGAGACAUAGCAUACGAGGCAGAGGACGUCAUCGAUACCUUUCUUCUCAAAGCUGCAACUGGACCUAGAAAAGGAAUAUGGAGACUCAUCAAGAGAGCUACCUUCAUGGUCAUUAAGGUUCCUUAUCUCCAUGAAACUGGAACCCAGAUCAAAUCUAUCCAAGCUAAGAUAGGGAGUGUCUCUACAAGCAUGCUGACUUACGGAAUCAAAUUUACUGCAGGAGAGGGGUCUAGAUCUACAAGUGAGAUGCAACAGCGAUUGAGAAGAUCAUUUCCACAUGAUGAGGAAGAUGAUGUUAUCAGCUUGGAGGCAAGCCUAAGGGAUGUUCAAUCUCAAUUGAUGAUGGAGGAAGAGCAACGCCGUGUUGUUUCUAUAGUUGGAAUGGGAGGGCUAGGUAAAACCACACUUGCCAAGACAAUGUACAAUGACAGUCAUGUGAAGCAACAUUUUGAUUGUCAUUCUUGGUCCUUCAUAUCUCAGCAGUUCUCCACAAGGGAUGUCUUAGAAGGAAUUCUGAUCGAAGUAGCAUCUAAGCAGGAUAAGUUUGACUUGGUAAAGAUGGAAGAGGAAAAGUUUCUUCAAUUGAGGUUGAAGAGGAUAGAAGAGGAAGUGGAUAUGAUAGUGGAAGAACAGUUCUCUAAAUGGAUGUUGAAACAAAAGAAAAGGAUGAAGGAAGAUCAAUGGUAUACAGAAGAGGAAAAGCUACUUCAUUUGAGGUUGGAGAGGGUAGAAAAUGAAGUGGAUAAUAUGGUGGAAGAAUUGAAACAAAACAAAAGGAUGAAGGAAGAUCAACUGUCUACAGUAGAGGAAAAGCUUCUUCAAAUGAGGUUGGAGAGGGUAGAAAAUGAAGUGGAUAGGAUGGUGGAACAACAAUUGUCUAAAAUGAAGUUGAAACAAAACAAGACGAUGAAGGAAGAUCGACAGCCUACGAAAGAGGAAAAGCUUCUUCAAUUGAGGUUGGAGAGGGUAGAAAAUGAGGUGGAUAGGAUGGUGGAGCAACAAUGGUCUAAAUUAAUGUUGAAACGAAACAAAGGGAUGAAGGAAGAUGAACCGUCUACGGAAGAGGAAAAGCUUCUUCAGUUGAGGUUGGAUACGGUAGAAAAUGAAGUGGAUGAGAUGGUGGAAGAGCAGUUGUCUGAAUUGAUGAUGAAAAAAAGGAAAAGGAUGAACGAAGAAGAAUUGUCUCCAUUUGAGUUUGUAAAAAUGGAGGAGGAAAAGCUUCCUCAAUUGAGGUUGGAGGGCAUAGAAAAUAAAGUGGAUAGGACGGAGGAAGAACAAUCGUUUAACUUAGAGUUGAAACAGAAGAAAUGGAUGGAGGAAGUCCAAUCGUUUAAAUUGGAGUUGAAACAGGAGAAAUGGAGGGAGGAAGUCCAAUCAUUUAAAUUGGAGUUGAAACAAAAGAAAUGGAUGGAGGAAGUCCAAUUGUUUAAAUUGGAGAAAAGGAUGGAGGAAGUCCAAUUUUUUAAAAUGGAGAAAAGGAUGAAGGAAGUCCAAUCGUUUAAAUCGGAGUUGAAGAAAAAGAGAAGGAUAAAGGAAGAACUAUUGUUUCAGUCGAUGUUGAAACAAAUGAAUGUGGAACCUAUGUUUUAUGCGAUGUUGGAAAGGAUAAGUGAAGAAAAACUAGUUGAAUCAGUUUUUCGGGUGUUAAAGAAGAAGCGAUACUUGGUGGUCCUUGAUGAUAUUUGGAAGAAUGAAGUUUGGGAUAUUUUAAAACAUGCUUUUCCGCCCAAGGGAAAGAAAGGGAGCAAAGUUUUAUUGACCACUCGGAAUAAAGAAAUUGCUACUUAUGCUGAUCCACACAGCUUUCCGGUGGAACCGCCUCUCUUGACAAAUGAUCAGGCUUGGGAACUUCUCAGUAGGAAAGCAUUCCCAAAAGAUAUUCUCAUCAAUCAUGGCUAUCCACAAGAAUAUGAGAAUUUGGGAAGGGAAAUGGUGAAAAAAUGUGGUGGAUUGCCAUUAGCCAUUGUUGUACUUGGAGGGUUAUUGGCAACAAAGAAGACACCAAGGGAGUGGGAGGCAGUGCAGAGAAAUAUUAAUGCACAAUUCUUCAUGUGGGAACAACAUCAUCAAUAUGGAGGAGUGUAUGGGAUAUUAGCAUUGAGCUAUCAUGAUUUGCCUUUUUACCUAAAACCAUUCUUUCUCUAUUUUUCCCAAUUUCCAGAAGACUGGGAGAUUCACAAGAGGAUGUUAAUUCGGAUGUGGAUUGCUGAAGGCUUUUUGUCUCAAGCAUUGAUACGGGGAGGAGAUGAAGCAAUGGAAGAUAUGGGUGAACAAUAUUUGGAAGAGCUUGUGAAUAGGUGCAUGGUUCAAGUGAGCCAUAGGGAUUACACUGGAAUGGGUAUCAAAACAUGUCACAUGCAUGAUCUGAUGAGAGACAUGUGUGUAUUGAUGGCAGGAAAGGAGAAUUUUCUUGGGAUUUCUGGGCACUACCGAGAGACUAUUGUCGCACGUAGAAUUGCUCUUCAUCCUAAAAUAUGCCCAGAUUCUGAUCAAUCACAUUCCAUAACCUUGCUUCCAAGCAAUUCACGCCAUCGUUCUUUUUUCUACUUCCUCAAAGAGCAAAGGUAUGACAUGAAGUUUGACCAUAGAAGUCUUAACUUUGAUGAAUGCAGACUGCUCAGAGUAUUGAAUCUUUGGGGUCUAAAUGUUGAGUAUAUACCCAAUGAAAUUGGUGACCUGAUUCAUUUGAGGCAUCUUGGGUUAAGAUAUACAAAGGUAUCCAUGCAGGCAGCAUUGCCAACCUCCAUAGGUAACUUGAGGAGUUUAUACACCCUUGAUGUACGAAAUAAUCAGUCACUAAGAUUGCCUGAUGUAGUGUGGAAGUUAAAAUAUUUGAGACAUUUGUUGGUGGACUUGCUUAAGAUUCAGGAGUAUUGUCGAAUGGAUACCUUAAGAAACCUAGAGACUUUGAAGUGGGCUUAUCCUGCUAGUCUAAUAAGGGCAAAUGCAAUGUACAAAUUGACUAAUCUUCGAAAUUUAGCAGUAGGUUUCAACAGAUGGGAGGAAAUUGAUUCGGUUAUGAAAUCUCCAAUUUUUUCAAAAGGUACUCUGCGUUCUUUGAAUAUACUGGCAAGGGAAAGCUCAUUUCCAAGUUUGGAGCCACUUUCUUGUUGUCGAUCCUUGAGGAAGCUAGAGUUGCGUGGAAAGAUACCAGAAAAUCCAAGUUCUCACCAUCACAACUUGGAAUUUCUACCCGCAUGCCUCAAUAAGUUAAUUUUGGGUAAUUCUUGGUUAAAGCAGGAUCCUAUGAGUUUUCUAGAGAAGCUGCCCAAUUUGAGGUUUCUAUACUUGGAGGAUAAGUCAUUCAUGGGGACUAAAAUGGUCUGCUCUACACAUGGGUUUCCUCAACUUGAGAUUCUUAAACUUGAAUGGCUUGGAGUACAAGAACUGAAAAUAGAGGUGGGUGCAGUGCCGUGUCUCAAGAUUUUGCAUUUAGAAAAGCUGCAGGAAUUGAAGAUGAUCCCAGAAGGAAUAAAAUUUGUCACUACCCUCCGAGAACUGAAAGUCAUUAACAUGACAGAAGCAUUUGCAAGGAAGAUUCAGGUCAUAGAUGGAGUUGAGGGAAAGGAUUUUGAAAAGGUGAGACACAUUCCCUCCAUUUCAGUUUCCACGACAGUCUAACAUUACUCGUCUGAGCCUGAGAUCAUCAAGUGCAAGGUAAAAAUUAUUUUGUUUUUAUUUUUAACAUAUAGGCACUUUUGUUACACAAAUUGUACCUAAUUAGUAAUUUUAUCAAAUAGUUAAAUGCUUAUAUUUUCAAAGAUAAUGUCUUUCAAAAAUCAAAAUUAGUUUGUAUAUAUGUGACUGCCAAUUAUCUAUUAAAAAGAAUGUUUACUGAUGUAAAGAAUUAUUAGU